GCGGCGGCGGCGGCGGCGGCGCUUGGACGAAUUUCUCGGUCGACGCGGAGUAUCUGCGUGCGUCUGCGUGUCCGCUACAGGUUCUUGUGAAGGAUAUCUUCGUCACGACGGGGAACGGCAGCGAGCACUCGGUGUUUGCGGACCAGGCGGCGAUGGUGGGCGCGUGUGUCGACCCGCUGCAGAACUCGUUCACGUUCACGCGCGCGAUGGCGCAGCGGUUCUGGGAGAUCACAGAGCAUGCGCAUCAUGUUCCAGGCGAGGGCGCGAACUUCACCGACCAGACGUAUCCGCCGAGUAAGGAGCAUUUGAUGCAGAAUCUUACGGUCGUGCUCAGCAAUGGGCAUACAACCGUUAUCCCGCACUAUGAGCUCGUGUCGCAGGAACGUGGGACCGCCCAGGAGGAGGGAAAGUAUACGGUUACGAACGCAUCGAGGAUCAUGGUUGCUGUGGCGCCGGAUCCCGAGGACGAUGGGAGCGGAGAUGUGGUGCCGAUUCUCGGCGGCGUGUAUCUGAGCCAAAACUACCUGCUCGUAGAUUAUGAGCGGAAGAGCUGGAGUUUAGCGCCAGCGGUGAUUGGGAAGAUGGAUGACGGGCAGCGGAAGAUCGUCGCUGUGCUGGGUGACGUGGAGAAGUCGGGGGGCAAGACGAGCAUCAAUGUAGGGGGUGUGGUUGGAGGUGUGAUCGUUGCGGUUAUCAUUCUGGCUACUGCGGCAGUGGGAGUGUUUUACCAAAGGAAGAGGACAUUGAACCUGCGGCGGCAAAAGGUAAAAGAGAGGGCUGACACUUGCAGCGACAAAGAGCUGGAUACUCGGCCAACGGUGAUGGAGAUGAGGUCUCGGACGACAACACAGCCGGUGCCGGCGACGGUGGUCAUGCGUGGGAAGCUCUAAUAGUUACUCCGCAACGAAAUCUAAUCAAGCCAAUUGCUCAUAACCGUGAAUCGUGGUGCUUUCGCUCGUAGAUACCU